AUAAUAUACAGUAUGUUGACAAGGAAAUAAUAUAUACAGUAUGUUGUCAAGAUAUUAACAUAGAGUGUGUUGACAAGGUGUGACUGUCUGUGUCAAAAUAAACCACAUGAAAUGCUUAAAGGGGCAUUCUUUGGACUUUUAAAUGAAUUACAUUGUUGUUGAUUAAAUCCGACAUUGCCCCUUUAAUGUUCUGUCCUUUGGUUAUAAUGUCAUUAGUAGACCUCCUGUCCAUACAGUAACAACUAUAAUGUAGGAGCACAAAUAACAUAUCACUAUAGAAACGACAACUACAGAGCUAUAGCUCGUGGUCUGUCUGUGGCAUCCGUAUCUAACUCGGCCAUUGCACAUUGUUCCUUCAUUAUCGAAAUCAAUUACUUCACUAGCCUUUUCGGGCAUGUUACAUUUUUUUCCUGACCACUAAUUUCUAAUUUCCCAUAAUAAAAUAACUAGAGCGACAAGGAUCACUGUGGACAAUGUACCAUACUGCAACUUAUACUGGACUCUUAUUUCCCUAUGCUGUGGAUGUUGUCAAGAUCGAUUGUAUUGUCCUCAGAUUACCCUGCACACUAUAUCAAACCAUCUCUUUAUUCCUUACCCUAGAGUCUAUAUCCAGGACCAUGUGAUACAGGAAGCGGCUACAUGUUUUACAUCCCUUAUUUACAUUUUAAUCUGCAUUUUAUUUUACAAGUAAGAAUUUGAUGUGUUUGAAAACUGAUCAGCACUGGCAGUUUAUCGACCUUGACGGUUCACCACUAAUGCUGCGUUUUUCUACUAGUAUGAGGAGGACUGAACGGAGAGAAUCAUUAUUCUGCAUGGUCGAGUGCCUGCAUUGAGAGAUAGAGCCUCUUUCCCUAUGGGAUGCCGUGAGACGUGGGGGGACAGUAGUGUGUAGGCAGAUGUGAUGUGCUGUGUGUUUGUGUGUGUGUGUGUGUGUGUGUGUGUGUGUGUGUGUGUGUGUGUGUGUGUGAGUGUGUAUAUAUGGUCAUGUGCUUGUGUGUGCUUCUUGUAUGAUAGCAUAGCGUGAGGCUUGCAGUGAGGAACCCUGCUACUAGAGAUGAUAUAGUACUGUCGUUCUUUUCUUCCCUUCCCUCAGAGAAGAGAUGAUUUACUUGGUUAAGCUGUGACCUCAUCAUGCUGUGUGUAUGAUACCCCCACCCCCUUCUCCCUCUCUCCCCCUCCCUUUGGUGAGGGGCUGGGGCUGCCUAGUCCAACAUUAUCAGCUACUGGAUACUGGGAUGGGCAUUUCUGUUUCGGGUUCCUCUGUGUGUGUGUGUGUGUGUGCAGUGAGGACACGGAGCGAGUGAGCGAGACCAAGAAGACAAGCGAGGGAGGGAGCGUGUGUCAUGUAUGUGCGUUAACUGAGCUAACAGGGAGCAUCAGGAGGAACAGCAGCUGAAACAGAGAGAGAGAGAGAGACACAGAGAGUGAGAGAGAGAGAGAGACAGCGAGAGAGACACAGAGGGAGAGAGAGAGAGCCAUAGAGAGAAAGAGAGACAUAGAGAGAGAGCGAACGAGAGAGAGAGAGAGAGAGAGUUGGAGGGAGGAGGAAAAUAAGCCCAGGCACAGGGAGACAAAAGCUGCAGAGAGAGAGAAGACUGUUCCCUUCUUGCCCUCCACUAAAAGAACAACGGAGGAGGAGGAAGAAGAAGACAAAAGGAGGAGGGAGGCGUACAGUACUGAACAUACUGGAACUGAAUUCAUAGGCUCCUUUUUCUUUACCCUCCUCCAUGUUUUAGGGGGAUUCUACACUAGUACAUUUGACUGCUGGCUUCUUCUUCAUCUCUAAAAAGAAAGAAAGAAAGAAAGAAAGAAAGAAAGAAAGAAAGAAAGAAAGAAAGAAAGAAAGAAAGAAAGAAAGAAAGAAAGAAAGAAAGAAAGAAAGAAAGAAAGAAAGAAAGAAAGAAAGAAAGAAAGAAAGAAAGAAAGAGAGGAGGAUGUCGGGGAAGAAAGAGUUUGAUGUGAAACAGAUCCUCAGGCUGCGUUGGCGCUGGUUUAGUCAUUCAUCCCAGAGUUCUGCCGGUGGAGGAGGAGGAGGUGGAGGAGGUGGAGGAGGAUACCUCCAGGAGAGCUUUGAUCACAGAGGGACCCCAGUCCAGGGCAGGCUGAAGAGUCACUCCCGGGACAGAGGUGGCAGCGGUGGGGGACUCUGGAAGCAGAACAGCAACAGUCCGGUCCAUAGUAUCCUGGCCCCCACGCCUGUCUAUGUCAGAGCCAGUAAUCAAUCAUGGCACCAGCAGAACAUUAUUCAGCACCUGCAGCAGCAGGGCGGCCACGAGCUCCCGAAGAACAGCAGCUCACCUAACAACACCAGGAAGGAGGACUGCUCCAAGAGCAGCCAGGAGAAUUUGAAGAGUGUAGAGGAAUCCUCGGAGGCGGAAGCAAGACACAGGAUGAGCUCCAACGGCUCGGAUGAGUUCUUCCAGGCUACAAACCAUGCGGAACAGACCUUUCGCAAGAUGGAGACUUAUCUUCAGCACAAGCAGCUGUGUGAUGUCGUCUUGAUAGCGGGAGAUCAUAAGAUCCCGGCUCACAGACUGGUCCUUAGUGCAGUCUCUGACUACUUUGCUGCCAUGUUCACCAGCGAUGUGAGAGAGGCCAAACAGGAGGAGAUCAAGAUGGAGGGGGUGGAUCCAGAAGCCUUGAGAUCUCUGGUCCACUUUGCCUAUACUGGUGUCCUUGAAUUGAAGGAGGAGACCAUAGAGAGUUUAUUGGCUGCAGCCUGCCUUCUACAGCUCUCGCAAGUCAUUGAGGUUUGCUGUAACUUCCUCAUGAAACAACUCCAUCCAUCUAACUGCCUGGGGAUACACUCCUUCGCUGACGCCCAGGGAUGCAUGGAUUUGCUCAACGUGGCCCACAACUACACUAUGGAGCACUUCCUAGAGGUGAUUCAGAACCAGGAGUUUCUCCUGCUUCCUACUGCUGAGAUCGUCAAACUCUUGGCCAGUGACGACAUAAACGUACCAGAUGAGGAGACCAUCUUCCAGGCUCUGAUGACGUGGGUGCGGUUCGAUGUUCAACAUCGCCAGCAGGACCUUGGGGUUCUCCUGGCCUACAUCCGCCUGCCACUUCUGCCUCCACAGCUCCUAGCUGACCUGGAGAACAACACAAUGUUCUCAGAUGACCUGGAAUGCCAGAAGCUUCUAAUGGAAGCCAUGAAGUACCAUCUGCUUCCGGAGCGUCGUCUCAUGUUCCAGAGCCCCAGGACUAAACCCAGGAAGUCCACUGUAGGAGUACUCUACGCUGUGGGAGGCAUGGACGCUACCAAGGGAUCUACGACCAUAGAGAAGUAUGACCUGCGGACCAACACAUGGACCCAGGUGGGGGUGAUGAACGGCCGGAGGCUGCAGUUCGGGGUGGCAGUGAUCGACGACAAGCUGUACGUGGUGGGGGGCCGAGACGGGCUGAAGACAUCCAACAUGGUGGAGUGUUACAACCCUUUCAACAAUGUCUGGUCCACCAUGCCUCCCAUGUCUACACACAGACACGGACUCGGUAUAACAGUGUUGGAGGGCCCCAUGUAUGCAGUCGGUGGCCAUGAUGGAUGGAGUUACCUGAAUACAGUGGAGAGGUGGGACCCCCAGGCUAAACAGUGGAACUACGUGGCCAGCAUGUCCACGCCACGCAGCACUAUGGGAGUCACCGCACUCAACGGAAAAUUGUUUGCAGUUGGCGGUCGGGAUGGGAGCUCGUGUCUGCGGUCGAUGGAAUGCUUUGAUCCACACACCAACAAGUGGAGUAUGUGUGCCCCCAUGGCGAAGCGGAGAGGAGGGGUGGGUGUGGCCACGUACAACAGUUUCCUCUACGCUGUGGGUGGUCAUGAUGCCCCGGCGUCCAACCACUGCUCCAGACUCUCAGACUGUGUAGAGAGGUAUGAUCCCAAAACAGACACAUGGACCACGGUGUCCUCUCUGAGUGUCCCCAGAGAUGCUGUAGGUAUCUGUCUGCUAGGAGACAGGCUAUACGCUGUCGGAGGGUACGACGGAACAUCUUACCUGAACAGUGUUGAGUCCUAUGAUGCACAGAACAAUGAAUGGACUGAGGAGGUCAAUCUCAACAUCGGAAGGGCUGGAGCCUGUGUUGUAGUUGUGAGAAUACCUUGAGGACUACAACUCCCUACAACCCCCUGGAACGCCACACAGGAAACAGGUUAUGAUGUCACCACUGAUGUCGUUGAGAAUAUGUUUUUUCUACUGUAAAGGCAAAACUAUAUUGCAUUCCUCACAAACCAUUGUUUCUAUCAACAGUGAUUUUCAUUGUCCAAGGAUUUUCUCUUUGAUUAUGAGAAUGUACUUUACCAUAUCUACGGAUCAACAAUCUGCAUAGUAGUGGUUAAAAAAGUAGGAAACUCUGCCACACUCUUGUUGAUAUGGUUGCUCUGUUAAAAUGGUCUGUCAGAAAAUAAUGUUUUCCAUAUGAUAGAAAGAAAGAAAUUACAUUUAACCCAUAAGAGUCGAAACCCUGUCUAAGCCAGGGGAGGGGGAUUUUACGACCCAUUGAAGUAUAACAAAAUCAUUAUUUGAUGAACAUUUUUGUUUGGCUUGCUAUUAGCCAAUACAAACGCAUUGAAUAACAGAUUCACUACAUGGAACAACAGAUAGUCCCAAAACAAAAUCUAGAGGAAGUCCCUAUAUCUGAGAGAUUUAAGAAUGAUCAGGAAGCAUUUGUAUUUUUUUUUUACAUGUAUAUAACCACUUAUUUUUUAUCACUGAACAGUCUAAGCCCUGUCUAAGCAGGUGGAGGGGGUUCUACUGAACUAUAUGGAAUUGUUUUAAGAAGGUCAUACCAAGGGUCAUUUAGCUAUUUGAUUUAGAAUUUUAAGACCCC